AUGUACAUCAAUUGCACGACAUGGGCAAGCGAUAGCCACGGGCUGUUUGACUACGAGUCGAGGAACGUCGCCAAGAAGACAUAUAGGAUCAGUUGCAUGCGGGACGCAUACUGCUGCAUGCGCGUCGGCAGCGAGGUAUCGGUUUGUGCGGAUGAGGAGGCUGCCGAACUGCUGCAGAGCAACAGACAUCACGACGGCUUGGAAGCGAGGGCUCUCCUGAGGAUCGCUUGGAUAGACGGUGCCUACUGCGUCUUGCCCCCUCCAGCCGUCAGUUCUCCCGCUGCAGCGACUGCGAGUGCUGCUGUUGGCACGUCGGAUGCCGCUACCCCUGUACCGAGACAGCAGCAAGAGCACCAAGAUCAGCAUCUUGUGCAGUCUCCCGACGGGGGCUUGCGAGAUGCUUCCGUCGCUGACAUUUACGCAGACAACGCAGGAGCAACGGCUACAGCGGCUGCGAGGCACCUAGAACAAACCGAUACACCACGAGACACUGCAACACCCCAAGGCGUCAACGCCCCUCUCCCUGCAGCAGCAGCAGCGUCUCUAGGAAUUCCAGCUCCUGCAAGAACGUGUGGAUACGUUGCUGCAUCCGAUAAGGUGUGGCUGGUGGUUCGGAGUCUACGAGACUGCGGGGGAGUCCGUCUCUCAGAGGGUGACGUUCUGAAGCUGGGGAGAUUCAGACUCAAGGUGAAGGAGGCCGUUCUUAACCAGCAGCAGGCACUCUUAGCAACUGCCAGGCAGCGUCCUCACCUGGGGGAUGCGGAUGACUGCGAGACGGUUGCUCCUGAGCCUGAGAGUGCAGCUGUGGCAGCAGCAGCGGUAGACAUGGGCUUUGAAUUUGGAGAGGGGGGAGUCUCUCAGGAGGAGGCUGUGGCGAUGGGGGCAGCGGAGGAGGACGGUGCAGCGGCGGCGGCGGCGGCAGCAGCAGCAGCAGCAGAAGGAGCAGCAGCAGCAGCAGCAGCCCUUGCUGCAGUUGCUGCCUCAGGGCCUUGUGCCACUCCUCCCCCUCAAGAAGAACAGCAGUCAGUCUACGCGGCAAUGCCCAGCAGAGACGCCUUCGGCUCUUCCCCCGUUGCGACACAAGCAGCAGCAGCAGCAGCAGCAGCUGCUGCUGCUGCUGCUGCUGCUGCUGCACUCCCCCCGGGGUCGCCGCUAAGGGCAGUUGCUGCAGCAGCUGCAGCAGCAGGCAGCCGAGCAGCCCUGGCAGGGCCUCUUUCGCGAUGCGUUUCUGAAGGCUGUCUCCUCACGCCGAAGGGAUCGGGUGCAGGGGCGGAGCUCUUCUAUGAGGGGGGUGAAUCAGCUAGUCAUUCGUUUGAUGGCGCUGCUUCGAUGAGUAUUCGCCCUCUCAGCGCUGCUGAUGCACGAGCGAGCAGAAGCAGUCUCUUCUCGCGUCCCGCUUGCCGCAUUUGCCUCUGCGAAGCCGCUGAGGAUGAGGAUCCUGACGCCAACCCUCUCGUAGCUCCUUGCCGAUGCAAAGGUGGGCAGUCAAAUCGCGUAUCAAUAUAUGCAGGAAGUAUGCAGUUCGUGCAUCUGCAGUGUCUUCGUACCUGGAUGGAGGGCCGCCUCAAUAUUCGCAAUGAUGGCUCGACAGUCGGCUACUUCCUGCGCUCUUUGGACUGUGAGCUCUGCAAGGCACCCUAUCCCUCUCUUGUGGAAGCCAACAGGAAGGUGAUCGAACUUUUCGCAAUACCAAGACCCCAGUACCCCUACUUCAUUCUUGAGCCUCGCACAACGCAGCCGGCGCCUGCAGGUGCGACUGCCCGUGUCAGAGGCCUUCAUGUCGUGUCUCUGUCGAACCGACGUGUUGCUCGGCUGGGGAGAGGGCACGACUCUGACGUUCGCCUCAGCGACAUCUCUGUUUCCAGAUUUCACGCCAUCAUCAGGCACCAGCAGGGGGCGUUUUUCCUGGAGGACCAAAGAAGCAAGUUCGGAACCUUAGUGGAGUUGAAGAGGCCCCUUAAACUCGAGAGAUGGAUUAGCGGGGUUUCCUUCCAAGUUGGUCGUACUGUCAUUUCGAUUUCAAUUCGCCGCCAAUGGAGGAUCUUGCCUGCCUGCUUGCGCUCUCAACGGAGUCUUGACUCUGCCUUCAACUGGCAUUCGCUGAUAGGGGGGGGUACAGCAGGGGCCCCCUCAGGAAGUUCGCGUAUCUCUGCCCUUGUGCACCGGCAGACUGCUGCAACUCCCAGAGGCCAGCAUGCACCGGCAGCGCUUGGCGGCGCUGCUGCGGAGGCUCAAAGUGGGGUUGGCGGGGAGGCAGGCGAAGACGAUCAACAGCAGCAGCAGCAACAAGCGCAUUCCGAGAGGGCCUCUGGACAGCAGGGAGAGGAUUCUUUUGAAAGGAUGCCGAAUCCGCAGUUCAACAGCAGCGACGCUCCAGCUGCAGAGGACGCCAUUUGUGUGCGUGGUGUGUGUGCUCCGAUGAGUGGUGGGGACGCCUUCUAG